UAUUUCAGCGGCUUCGAACUUGACAACGUCACGUCACGGUUCACUUUCUUCUCUCGCCACCAUGGAGACCGUCACCUCCGUUCUGAAGCAAUACUUUGGGUUUUCGGAUUUUCGACCUUAUCAGAAAGAUGUUGUUCAGAAAAUUAUUGAGAAAAGGGAUUGCGUGGUAGUCAUGGCUACCGGUAGUGGAAAGUCCUUGUGUUAUCAGUUACCUCCCUUGGUUGUUAGAAAAACUGGGAUAGUUGUAAGCCCUCUGAUAUCAUUGAUGCAAGACCAGGUAAUGGCUUUGAAGCAACGCGGUAUCAAAGCUGAAUAUCUUUCUAGCGCUCAGAAGGAUUACACUGUUCAGACUAAAGCUGAGCUUGGUCAGUUUGACAUUCUGUUCAUGACUCCUGAGAAGGCAUGCACAAUUCCUAUCAGUUUCUGGUCCAACUUGCUAAGGGCAGGAAUUAGUCUUUUAGCUGUUGAUGAAGCACAUUGCAUAUCAGAAUGGGGGCAUGAUUUUAGGGUGGAAUACAAGCAGCUAGACAAGUUACGUAGUGUUCUGUUAGAUGUUCCUUUUGUUGGUCUAACUGCGACUGCUACUGAAAAGGUUCGAUUUGACAUCAUCAAUUCCUUGAAGAUGAAUAAUCCUUAUGUUUUGGUUGGUUCAUUUGAUCGCACAAAUCUUUUCUAUGGUGUCAAGCUAUUUAACCGUGGACAAUUUUUUAUUGCUGAGCUUGUACGAGAAAUUUCAAAAGAAGUUGCUAGUGGUGGUUCAACUAUUAUUUACUGCACAACAAUCAAAGAUGUAGAGCAGAUAUCAAAGUCACUUAAGGAAGCAGGUAUCGAGGCUGGAAUGUACCAUGGCCAAAUGAAUGGAAAAGCUCGAGAGGAGUCUCAUAGAUUAUUUGUUAGAGAUGAACUGCAAAUCAUGGUGGCCACAAUUGCUUUUGGCAUGGGCAUAGAUAAACCUAACGUAAGACAAGUGAUUCACUAUGGUUGCCCCAAGAGUCUAGAGUCCUACUACCAGGAAAGUGGGCGAUGUGGUAGAGAUGGUAUAGCUUCUGUAUGUUGGCUUUACUACACAAGAAGUGACUUUGCAAAGGGUGAAUUUUAUUGUGCAGAUAUAAAAACAGAAAACCAAAGAAGAGCUGUUAUGGAGUCGUUGCUGGCUGCUGAACGCUAUUGUGUGGUGGGAACUUGCAGAAGAAAGUUCUUGCUUGAAUACUUUGGGGAAAAAUUUUCAGCUGAUAGAUGUGGGAACUGUGAUAACUGCACAGUCUCAAAGAAGGAGCGCGACAUGUCGAGAGAAGCAUUCCUGCUAAUGGCUUGCAUUCAUUCAUGCAAUGGCAAAUGGGGCCUUAAUAUGCCCGUUGACAUCCUGCGUGGGUCUCGAGCCAAGAAAAUUCUCGAUGCUCAGUUUGACAAGCUUCCACUUCAUGGACUUGGGAAAACUUACCCAGCAAAUUGGUGGAAAGCCCUUGGACAUCAAUUGAUUUCUCAAGGUUAUUUGAAGGAGACUAUUAGUGACGUGUACAGAACUAUAAGUGUCAGUUCAAAAGGAGAGCAGUUUUUGGCCUCUUCUAGACCGGAUUAUCAACCUCCCUUAGUUUUGUCAUUGACUGCUGAAAUGCUUGGAGAAGAAGAAAAUCGAAGCCCACAAGAAGAAUUCAAAAUUUUAGGAACUUCAGAAUCAGAUGGUUUUUCAGAGGCCGAGGGACAGCUCUACCAUAUGCUUUUAGAAGAAAGGUUAAAGCUUGCUAGAAGUGUUGGAACAGCUCCAUAUGCUCUAUGUGGUGAUCAAACGAUCAGGAAAAUUGCUUUAACAAGACCAUCUACAAAAGCAAGGCUAGCAAACAUUGAUGGCGUGAAUCAGCACCUAGUAACAAAAUAUGGAGAUCGUUUUCUUGAAGUUAUACGGAAACUGUCACAAGGAUUAAACCUAUCAUUGGAUGGGGAAGCAAGUUUGCAAACUAAUGAAGUAAGGAAAGUAUCUCCAGUAACCAACAAAUCAAGGAAGUUGUCAUCAGCAAAGUUUGAAGCAUGGAAAAUGUGGCAUGAAGAUGGUCUUUCUAUUCAGAUGAUUGCUAACUAUCCAGGUAGAUCAGCCCCUAUAAAAGAACAAACUGUUGCUGAAUAUCUGCUGGAAGCUGCCCAAGAAGGAUUACCUUUUGAUUGGACUAGAUUCUUUGAGAUGAUAGGACUGACACAAGAGAUCAUAUCAGAAAUUCAGGGUGCUAUUUCAAAGGUUGGAUCUACAGAUAAGUUGAAGCCUAUAAAAAAUGAAUUGCCAGAACAUAUAAGUUAUCCGCACAUCAAGGCUUAUUUGGUCAUGCGAAACUGUGGAACAUCCAUAGAAGGCAUUCAAUCUGGAGUUUACCAGACUGGCAAAGAUAGUGAACCUGUAAAUAAUGCAUCAGCUUUGUCAGAGCAUCCUUUGGAAAAAUGCCAAGCAGAACAACGGCAUUGUGAAGCUGACAUUCCUGCCAAAAAUUUGACGGAAAAAUGUGACUUAGAAAUUGAUGAAGUACCUUCUGGACCUGUCAAUGGUCUCCAGGUACAGAAGCUUCCAUUAGCCUGUGAGAAGGAAUUCACAAGCAAACGACAAAAAGUCAGUGAAACAGAGGAAGUAAAUUCAAUUGCACUGAAGGCUACAGAGAGUUCUGUUGUAGAGUGGCUGAAUGGCGUUGAUGAAGGGGCUACUUUGAUUGAUAUUUUGGAGCACUUCAAUGGAUCCAAUGAAGAUUAUGUGGUUGAACUGCUAAAUUGCCUUGAGAGUGACUUUUCGAUAUAUAAGAAAGAUAACAAGUAUAGGGUUAUGUAAAAAAGUUGCUGCAUCAGGAUUUUUAUGGCUUACGCUUGUAGACAAUAUUUCGUUUCAUUGGUGUAUUGCAUGUUUCUUAAAUGUUAGCCGCCAUGGGUGAAUGAGCAAGUUAUUGCAUGAUCAGAAUCUAGAAGGAAAACCGGUUAUUAAGGGGUAA